UACAGCCGGAAGGCGCGUUUUGCGUCAGGAUGACUGAUAAAGAAUUGUUACCGCUUCGUCCGAUCUUCUGCCUCGCCUCAUUCUUUGUAACGUUGCACCUCGUUCAUGGAGACCUGAGUUAUUCUCUUUCUGAAGAGAUGAAACGCGGGUCUGUGAUUGGAAAUGUAGCCAAAGAUCUCGGUCUUGAUCUUAGGACUUUUGUUUCUCGACAGGCCCGUUUGGAUUUUGAGGGAACUCGGAAAAGGUACUGUGACAUCAAUCUGAAUACCGGAGAUUUGAUCACAUCGGAGAGAAUGGACAGAGAAAGCCUUUGUGACAAGAAACCCUCGUGUGUUGUUAAAGUGGAUCUGGUGUUAGAAAAUCCUCUGGAGCUUCAUCGUGUCAGUAUUCAUGUUCAAGAUGUUAACGACAACUCGCCAAAAUUCAGAGAGAAUUUGAUUGCGAUGGAAAUACACGAGUUGGCUGACAAGGGAAACCGCUUUUCUAUCGAGGAGGCCCAUGACGCAGAUAUUGGUCAAAAUGCUGUUCAAAGGUACAACCUCCAAAAGAAUGACCAUUUCAUUUUAUCAGUGGACAACAAUAGGGUUGAACUCGUGCUGGAUAAUAAACUCGAUCGAGAGAAACAGAAGGAGAUCAGUUUGCUCCUCACAGCUUUAGAUGGAGGCUCUCCUCAGAGAUCAGGUACUGUAGUCAUACACGUCACUGUGCUGGAUGCUAAUGAUAACGCCCCAGUGUUCAGUCAGGCCGUCUAUAAAGCCAAUCUGCCUGAAAACUCCCCUUUAGAUACCAUAGUGAUUAAAGUAAGUGCUACAGACGCAGAUGAAGGAGUCAAUGGAGAUGUGACAUAUGACUUUGGUCACGUGUCUGAUAUGUAUGUAAAUCUAUUUUCUAUUAAUCCAAAAACUGGAGAAAUUAAAGUAACUGGUGUGAUUGACUUUGAGGAAAGUAAUUCCUUUGAAAUGAGAGUGCAAGGUAAAGAUGGUUUAGGUCUUAUCUCAUACGCCAAAGUUAUAAUAGAUGUUAGCGAUGUGAAUGACAAUGCUCCAGUGAUAUACCUGAAAUCACUGACUAACCCCAUACCUGAGAACGUGUCACCUGGUACAGAGGUGGGCAUCAUUAACGUGCAGGAUAGAGACUCUGAGACUAACAGACAGGUCCGCUGCUCCAUUCAGCAGAAUGUCCCUUUUAAGUUGGUUCCUUCUAUUAAAAACUAUUAUUCUGUGGUGAGCACAGGACAACUGGACCGUGAACUAGUGUCUGAUUACAACAUUACAAUCACUGCCACUGACGAGGGCUCUCCACCUCUGUCCUCCUCUAAAACUGUUCAGUUAUCUGUAGCAGACAUCAACGACAACCCACCUGUGUUUGAGGAACAGUCGUACAGCGCAUAUGUGAGUGAAAAUAACAAACCUGGCUCCACUUUAUGUUCCGUUAGUGCUCGAGACCCCGACUGGAGACAGAACGGUACAGUGGUUUAUUCUCUGUUAUCCGGUGAGGUGAACGGUGCCCCGGUGUCCUCCUAUGUGUCUGUGAACGGAGACACGGGGGUGAUCCACGCUGUGAGGUCGUUUGAUUAUGAACAGUUCAGGAGCUUUAAGGUGCACGUGAUGGCCAGAGACAACGGUUCUCCUCCACUCAGCAGCAACGUGACCGUGAGUGUGUUCAUAUCGGAUGUGAAUGAUAACUCUCCUCAGAUACUGUACCCCGCCCCGGAGGGCAACUCCUUCAUGACCGAGCUGGUCCCCAAAGCUGCACACGGAGGCUCUCUGGUGUCCAAAGUGAUAGCGGUGGACGCGGACUCCGGACAGAACGCCUGGCUGUCCUAUCAUAUAGUGAAAUCCACUGAUCCGGGACUUUUCUCUAUUGGUGUCCACAGCGGAGAGAUCAGGACCCAGCGGGACAUUUCUGAGUCUGACAGCAUGAAACAGAACCUUAUUGUGUCAGUGAAAGAUAACGGACAGCCCUCUCUGUCUGCCACCUGUUCCAUGUAUUUACUGAUUUCUGAUAACUUGGCUGAGGUGCCAGAACUGAAGGACAUUUCUUAUGAUGAGAAGAACUCCAAACUGACCUCUUAUCUGAUCAUCGCGCUGGUGUGUGUGUCCACCUUUUUUCUGACCUUCAUCAUCAUCAUCAUGGGUGUGAGGUUUUGUCGCAGGAGAAAGCCCAGACUGUUGUUUGACGGAGCAGUCGCCAUCCCCAGCGCUUAUCUUCCUCCUAAUUACGCAGAUGUUGACGGCACAGGGACUUUACGCAGCGCUUACAAUUAUGACGCCUACCUGACAACAGGGUCUCGAACCAGUGACUUUAAGUUUGUGUCAUCUUACAAUGACAACACACUGCCUGCUGACCAGACUCUGAGGAAAAGCCCGACAGACUUUGCUGACCCCUUUGAAGACCUCGAUACUACAUUAGAGUUGAUCUUUGACCUUUUUUGUGGGAUAUAUGUGUUGAAUCGCUCCAAACAAGAAGUUGCGAAGUCCGAAAGCGCGUUUUGUGUCAGGAUGACAGACAAAGGAUUUUCACUGCUUCGUCCGAUCUUCUUCUUCACAUCCUUCUUUGUAACGUUGCACCUCGUUAAUGGAGACCUGAGUUAUUCCAUACCAGAAGAGAUGAAACGCGGGACUGUCAUUGGAAAUGUAGCCAAAGAUCUCGGUCUUGAUCUUAGGACCUUUGUUUCUCGACAGGCCCGUUUGGAUUUUGAGGGAACUCGGAAAAGGUACUGUGACAUCAGUCUGAAUACCGGAGAUUUGAUCACAUCGGAGAGAAUGGACAGAGAAAGCCUUUGUGGCAAGAAACCCUCGUGUGUUGUUAAAGUAGAUCUGGUGUUAGAAAAUCCUCUGGAGCUUCAUCGUGUUAGUAUUCAUGUUCAAGAUGUUAACGACAACUCGCCACAAUUCACCGAGAAUUUGGUUGAGAUGGAAAUACGCGAGUCAGCUGAAAAGGGAAACCGCUUUUCUAUCGAGGAGGCCCAUGACGCAGAUAUUGGUCAAAAUGCUGUUCAAAGCUACAACCUCCAAAAGAAUGACCAUUUCAUUUUAUCAGUGGACAACAAUAGGGUUGAAAUCGUGCUGGAUAAUAAACUCGAUCGAGAGAAACAGAAGGAGAUCAAUUUGCUCCUCACAGCUUUAGAUGGAGGCUCUCCUCAGAGAUCAGGUACUGUAGUCAUACACGUCACUGUACUGGAUGCUAAUGAUAACGCCCCAGUGUUCAGUCAGGCCGUCUAUAAAGCCAGUCUGCCUGAAAACUCUCCUUUAGAUACCAUUGUCAUUACUGUAAGUGCUACAGACGCAGAUGAAGGAGUGAACGGAGAUGUGAGUUAUGACUUCGGUCACAUAUCUGAUAUGGAUGUGAAUUUGUUUUCUAUAGAUCCAAAAACUGGAGAAAUUAAAGUAACUGGUGUGAUUGACUUUGAGGAAAGUAAUUCAUUUGAAAUCAGAGUGAAAGCAAAAGAUGGUUUAGGUCUUGCCUCAUACGCAAAAGUUAUAAUAGAUGUUAGUGAUGUGAAUGACAAUGCUCCAGUGAUAUACAUGAAAUCACUGACUAACCCCAUACCUGAGAACGUGUCACCUGGUACAGAGGUGGGCAUCAUUAACGUGCAGGAUAGAGACUCUGAGACUAACAGGCAGGUCCGCUGCUCCAUUCAGCAGAAUGUCCCUUUUAAAUUGGUUCCUUCUAUUAAAAACUAUUAUUCUGUGGUGAGCACAGGACAACUGGACCGUGAACUAGUGUCUGAUUACAACAUUACAAUCACUGCCACUGACGAGGGCUCUCCACCUCUGUCCUCCUCUAAAACUGUUCAGUUAUCUGUAGCAGACAUCAACGACAACCCACCUGUGUGGGAACAGUCGUACAGCGCAUAUGUGAGUGAAAAUAACAAACCUGGCUCCACUUUAUGUUCCGUUAGUGCUCGAGACCCCGACUGGAGACAGAACGGUACAGUGGUUUAUUCUCUGUUAUCCGGUGAGGUGAACGGUGCCCCGGUGUCCUCCUAUGUGUCUGUGAACGGAGACACGGGGGUGAUCCACGCUGUGAGGUCGUUUGAUUAUGAACAGUUCAGGAGCUUUAAAGUGCACGUGAUGGCCAGAGACAACGGUUCUCCUCCACUCAGCAGCAACGUGACCGUGAGUGUGUUCAUAUCGGAUGUGAAUGAUAACUCUCCUCAGAUACUGUACCCCGCCCCGGAGGGCAACUCCUUCAUGACCGAGCUGGUCCCCAAAGCUGCACACGGAGGCUCUCUGGUGUCCAAAGUGAUAGCGGUGGACGCGGACUCCGGACAGAACGCCUGGCUGUCCUAUCAUAUAGUGAAAUCCACUGAUCCGGGACUUUUCACUAUUGGUGUCCACAGCGGAGAGAUCAGGACCCAGCGGGACAUUUCUGAGUCUGACAGCAUGAAACAGAACCUUAUUGUGUCAGUGAAAGAUAACGGACAGCCCUCUCUGUCUGCCACCUGUUCCAUGUAUUUACUGAUUUCUGAUAACUUGGCUGAGGUGCCAGAACUGAAGGACAUUUCUUAUGAUGAGAAGAACUCCAAACUGACCUCUUAUCUGAUCAUCGCGCUGGUGUGUGUGUCCACCUUUUUUCUGACCUUCAUCAUCAUCAUCAUGGGUGUGAGGUUUUGUCGCAGGAGAAAGCCCAGACUGUUGUUUGACGGAGCAGUCGCCAUCCCCAGCGCUUAUCUUCCUCCUAAUUACGCAGAUGUUGACGGCACAGGGACUUUACGCAGCGCUUACAAUUAUGACGCCUACCUGACAACAGGGUCUCGAACCAGUGACUUUAAGUUUGUGUCAUCUUACAAUGACAACACACUGCCUGCUGACCAGACUCUGAGGAAAAGCCCGACAGACUUUGCUGACCCCUUUGAAGACCUCGAUUCUUCAUUAGAGGUAGGACCUUUUUGGAUCUUUGACCUUUUUUGUUGGGUAUAUGUGUUGAAUCGCUCUAGACAAGAAGUUGCGAAGUCCGAAAGCGCGUUUUGUGUCAGGAUGACAGACAAAGGAUUUUCACUGCUUCGUCCGAUCUUCUUCUUCACAUCCUUCUUUGUAACGUUGCACCUCGUUAAUGGAGACCUGAGUUAUUCCACACCAGAAGAGAUGAAACGCGGGACUGUCAUUGGGAAUGUAGCCAAAGAUCUCGGUCUUGAUCUUAGGACUUUUGUUUCUCGACAGGCCCGUUUGGAUUUUGAGGGAACUCGGAAAAGGUACUGUGACAUCAAUCUGAAUACCGGAGAUUUGAUGACAUCGGAGAGAAUGGACAGAGAAAGCCUUUGUGGCAAGAAACCCUCGUGUGUUGUUAAAGUAGAUCUGGUGUUAGAAAAUCCUCUGGAGCUUCAUCGUGUCAGUAUUCAUGUUCAAGAUGUUAACGACAACUCGCCACAAUUUACCGAAAAUUUGGUUGAGAUGGAAAUACGGGAGUCAGCUGACAAGGGAAACCGCUUUUCUAUCGAGGAGGCCCAUGACGCAGAUAUUGGUCAAAAUGCUGUUCAAAGGUACAACCUCCAAAAGAAUGACCAUUUCAUUUUAUCAGUGGACAACAAUAAGGUUGAACUCGUGCUGGAUAAUACACUUGAUCGAGAGAAACAGAAAGAGAUCAGUUUGCUCCUCACAGCUUUAGAUGGAGGCUCUCCUCAGAGAUCAGGUACUGUAGUCAUACACGUCACUGUGCUGGAUGCUAAUGAUAACGCCCCAGUGUUCAGUCAGGCCGUCUAUAAAGCCAGUCUGCCUGAAAACUCUCCUUUAGAUACCAUAGUGAUCAAAGUAAGUGCUACAGACGCAGAUGAAGGAGUGAACGGAGAUGUGAGUUAUGACUUCGGUCACGUGUCUGAUAUGGAUGUGAAUUUGUUUUCUAUAGAUCCCAAAACUGGAGCAAUUAAAGUAACUGGUGUGAUUGACUUUGAGGAAAGUAGUUCAUUUGAAAUGAGAGUGAAAGCAAAAGAUGGUUUAGGUCUUACCUCUUACGCCAAAGUUAUAAUAGAUGUCAGUGAUGUGAAUGACAAUGCUCCAGUGAUAUACCUGAAGUCACUGACUAACCCCAUACCUGAGAACGUGUCACCUGGUACAGAGGUGGGCAUCAUUAACGUGCAGGAUAGAGACUCUGAGACUAACAGACAGGUCCGCUGCUCCAUUCAGCAAAAUGUCCCUUUUAAGUUGGUUCCUUCUAUUAAAAACUAUUAUUCUGUGGUGAGCACAGGACAACUGGACCGUGAACUAGUGUCUGAUUACAACAUUACAAUCACUGCCACUGACGAGGGCUCUCCACCUCUGUCCUCCUCUAAAACUGUUCAGUUAUCUGUAGCAGACAUCAACGACAACCCACCUGUGUUUGAGGAACAGUCGUACAGCGCAUAUGUGAGUGAAAAUAACAAACCUGGCUCCACUUUAUGUUCCGUUAGUGCUCGAGACCCCGACUGGAGACAGAACGGUACAGUGGUUUAUUCUCUGUUAUCCGGUGAGGUGAACGGUGCCCCGGUGUCCUCCUAUGUGUCAGUGAACGGAGACACGGGGGUGAUCCACGCUGUGAGGUCGUUUGAUUAUGAACAGUUCAGGAGCUUUAAAGUGCACGUGAUGGCCAGAGACAACGGUUCUCCUCCGCUCAGCAGCAACGUGACCGUGAGUGUGUUCAUAUCGGAUGUGAAUGAUAACUCUCCUCAGAUACUGUACCCCGCCCCGGAGGGCAACUCCUUCAUGACCGAGCUGGUCCCCAAAGCUGCACACGGAGGCUCUCUGGUGUCCAAAGUGAUAGCGGUGGACGCGGACUCCGGACAGAACGCCUGGCUGUCCUAUCAUAUAGUGAAAUCCACUGAUCCGGGACUUUUCACUAUUGGUGUCCACAGCGGAGAGAUCAGGACCCAGCGGGACAUUUCUGAGUCUGACAGCAUGAAACAGAACCUUAUUGUGUCAGUGAAAGAUAACGGACAGCCCUCUCUGUCUGCCACCUGUUCCAUGUAUUUACUGAUUUCUGAUAACUUGGCUGAGGUGCCAGAACUGAAGGACAUUUCUUAUGAUGAGAAGAACUCCAAACUGACCUCUUAUCUGAUCAUCGCACUGGUGUGUGUGUCCACCUUUUUUCUGACCUUCAUCAUCAUCAUCAUGGGUGUGAGGUUUUGUCGCAGGAGAAAGCCCAGACUGUUGUUUGACGGAGCAGUUGCCAUCCCCAGCGCUUAUCUUCCUCCUAAUUACGCAGAUGUUGACGGCACAGGGACUUUACGCAGCGCUUACAAUUAUGACGCCUACCUGACAACAGGGUCUCGAACCAGUGACUUUAAGUUUGUGUCAUCUUACAAUGACAACACACUGCUUGCUGACCAGACUCUGAGGAAAAGCCCGACAGACUUUGCUGACCCCUUUGAAGACCUCGAUACUACAUUAGAGUAUGUGUUGAAUCGCUCCAAACAAGAAGUUGCGAAGUCCGAAAGCGCGUUUUGUGUCAGGAUGACAGACAAAGGAUUUUCACUGCUUCGUCCGAUCUUCUUCUUCACAUCCUUCUUUGUAACGUUGCACCUCGUUAAUGGAGACCUGAGUUAUUCCAUACCAGAAGAAAUGAAACGUGGGACUGUCAUUGGGAAUGUAGCCAAAGAUCUCGGUCUUGAUCGCACAACAUUUUCUUCACGACAGGCCCGUUUGGAUUUUGAGGGAACUCGGAAAAGGUACUGUGACAUCAAUCUGAAUACCGGAGAUUUGAUCACAUCGGAGAGAAUGGACAGAGAAAGCCUUUGUGACAAGAAACCCUCGUGUGUUGUUAAAGUAGAUCUGGUGUUAGAAAAUCCUCUGGAGCUUCAUCGUGUCAGUAUUCAUGUUCAAGAUGUUAACGACAACUCGCCACAAUUCACCGAGAAUCUGAUUGAGAUGGAAAUACGAGAGUCAGCUGAAAAGGGAAACCGCUUUUCUAUCGAGGAGGCCCAUGACGCAGAUAUUGGUCAAAAUGCUGUUCAAAGGUACAACCUCCAAAAGAAUGACCAUUUCAUUUUAUCAGUGGACAACAAUAAGGUUGAACUCGUGCUGGACAAAAAACUUGAUCGAGAGAAACAGAAGGAGAUCAAUUUGCUCCUCACAGCUUUAGAUGGAGGCUCUCCUCAGAGAUCAGGUACUGUAGUCAUACACGUCACUGUGCUGGAUGCUAAUGAUAACGCCCCAGUGUUCAGUCAGGCCGUUUAUAAAGCCAGUCUGCCUGAAAACUCUCCUUUAGAUACUAUUUUGAUUAAAGUAAGCGCUACAGACGCAGAUGAAGGAGUCAAUGGAGAUGUGACAUAUGACUUUGGUCGCAUGUCUGACAUGUAUGUAAAUUUGUUUUCUAUUGAUCCAAAAUCUGGAGAAAUUAAAGUAACUGGUGUGAUUGACUUUGAGGAAAGUAAUUCAUUUGAAAUGAGAGUGAAAGCGAAAGAUGGUUUAGGUCUUACCUCGUACGCUAAAGUUAUAAUAGAUGUUAGUGAUGUGAAUGACAAUGCUCCAGUGAUAUACCUGAAAUCACUGACUAACCCCAUACCUGAGAACGUGUCACCUGGUACAGAGGUGGGCAUCAUUAACGUGCAGGAUAGAGACUCUGAGACUAACAGACAGGUCCGCUGCUCCAUUCAGCAAAAUGUCCCUUUUAAGUUGGUUCCUUCUAUUAAAAACUAUUAUUCUGUGGUGAGCACAGGACAACUGGACCGUGAACUAGUGUCUGAUUACAACAUUACAAUCACUGCCACUGACGAGGGCUCUCCACCUCUGUCCUCCUCUAAAACUGUUCAGUUAUCUGUAGCAGACAUCAACGACAACCCACCUGUGUUUGAGGAACAGUCGUACAGCGCAUAUGUGAGUGAAAAUAACAAACCUGGCUCCACUUUAUGUUCCGUUAGUGCUCGAGACCCCGACUGGAGACAGAACGGUACAGUGGUUUAUUCUCUGUUAUCCGGUGAGGUGAACGGUGCCCCGGUGUCCUCCUAUGUGUCUGUAAACGGAGACACGGGGGUGAUCCACGCUGUGAGGUCGUUUGAUUAUGAACAGUUCAGGAGCUUUAAGGUGCACGUGAUGGCCAGAGACAACGGUUCUCCUCCACUCAGCAGCAACGUGACCGUGAGUGUGUUCAUAUCGGAUGUGAAUGACAACUCUCCUCAGAUAUUGUACCCCGCCCCGGAGGGCAACUCCUUCAUGACCGAGCUGGUCCCCAAAGCUGCACACGGAGGCUCUCUGGUGUCCAAAGUGAUAGCGGUGGACGCGGACUCCGGACAGAACGCCUGGCUGUCCUAUCAUAUAGUGAAAUCCACUGAUCCGGGACUUUUCACUAUUGGUGUCCACAGCGGAGAGAUCAGGACCCAGCGGGACAUUUCUGAGUCUGACAGCAUGAAACAGAACCUUAUUGUGUCAGUGAAAGAUAACGGACAGCCCUCUCUGUCUGCCACCUGUUCCAUGUAUUUACUGAUUUCUGAUAACUUGGCUGAGGUGCCAGAACUGAAGGACAUUUCUUAUGAUGAGAAGAACUCCAAACUGACCUCUUAUCUGAUCAUCGCGCUGGUGUGUGUGUCCACCUUUUUCCUGACCUUCAUCAUCAUCAUCAUGGGUGUGAGGUUUUGUCGCAGGAGAAAGCCCAGACUGUUGUUUGACGGAGCAGUCGCCAUCCCCAGCGCUUAUCUUCCUCCUAAUUACGCAGAUGUUGACGGCACAGGGACUUUACGCAGCGCUUACAAUUAUGACGCCUACCUGACGACAGGGUCUCGAACCAGUGACUUUAAGUUUGUGUCAUCUUACAAUGACAACACACUGCCUGCUGACCAGACUCUGAGGAAAAGCCCGACAGACUUUGCUGACCCCUUUGAAGACCUCGAUUCUUCAUUAGAGGUAGGACCUUUUUGGAGUAGUUUAAUAGUUUUCUAUUGA